AUGGCAGCAAGGGCGCCCCCAGUGCAUGUACAGCCUUGGCCAAAAACGGAUUCGCUAUGGUCUAGACUAUAUGUGGAUUUCGCAGGACCAUUAAAUGGCUCCUAUUGUAUCAUUGUGGUGGAUAGCUAUUCGAAAUGGCCUGAAGUGUGUAAAUGUUCAAGGUCAACCACAAGUGUGACGAUUGACUUCUUGGAAGAACUGUUCGCUCGGUAUGGAGUUCCAGAUACGAUCGUGUCAGAUAAUGGGACACAAUUCACAGCGAAGAAGAUCAAAAGAUUCUACAUCCAAUCUGGUAUUAUUGCUCCAUUAAGAGGCAAUCCUGAAGUCAUUCCCUCAACCUCCCAUCUAUGGUCAGUCUGCCUCUUAACUGAUCCACUACUGCGCGAGAAGUCUUCUCUUAAAGGUGGAGCUUCAUUUUCGCUGUUCCGAACAGAGUUUUCAGAAACUCUUCUCCGCCAUAAACUGAGAUAUCUUUCCUACAAUCAAAUUGAAGACAUCGAAGUAGGAUCGUUUGCAAAUCUCUACAGUUUAGAAAAAUUAUAUCUUAACUGGAAUCGAAUUAAGGACAUCAAAGAUGGAUCGUUUACAAAUCUCUCCAAUUUACAAAGAUUAUAUCUUUUUCACAAUCAAAUUGAAGACAUCGAAGAUGGAUCGUUUGCGAAUCUCCCCAACUUAAAAGUAUUAAAUCUUUACGACAAUCAAAUUAAACACAUCAAAGAUGGAUUGUUUUCAAAUCUCUACAAUUUAAAAGAAUUAAUUUUAUCAUCGAACAGAAUUACGGACAUCGAAGAUGGAUCGUUUGCGAAUCUCUACAAUUUACGAAGAUUAGAACUUUUCCGGAAUCAAAUUAAAGGAAUCAGAGCUGGAUGGUUUGCAAAUCUCUCCAAUUUAAAAACAUUACGUCUUUACGGCAAUCAAAUGACGCACAUCAAAGCUGGAUGGUUUGAAAAUCUCUACAAUUUAGAAACAUUAACUGCUUCCUCGAACAGAAUUACGGACAUCGAAGAUGGAUCGUUUACAAAUCUCUCCAAUUUAAAAGAUUUAAAUCUUUACAACAACUCAAUUGCCGUCAUCAAAGAUGGAUGGUUUUCAAAUCUCUGUAAUUUAAAAACAUUAUAUUUGAGAGAUAACCGAAUAAAAAACUAUGAAGAUGGUGCUUUCUUAUUCCUCCCCAGCAUAACUAAUAUGCGAUCAGUGUCUGCACGUGGAUGAUGGGCUUCAUGCAUCGUUCCAGCGCCAUACCGAACUAUUGCGACUGCACGCGAGAUUAUUGCCGAAAUUGCUGGCAUUUAGCUUUGAAGCCAAUAUAUUUCUUACUCGCCGUAGGUAUUCUCUUUUUGUCUUCUCCUUCAUAUGCAUUGUGUUUGAUUUCAUCUGCCCGAAGUAUUCCUAGGUGUUCAUAGCGGGAUCGAUGUUGAAUCGGCUUCAUCCUUUCACCACUUGUCAACCGUAUGCUCUUCUGUCCUGAGAAGCUUUCCUCUCCUGAUCACCAUCGUAGCACAUUU